AUUGUAGUAAAAUAAUCUUGCAGCACUGGAGUAAACAGACGCAACCUAUUCACUUCAUUUGCUUUAUGAAGCCGUUUUACAUAGGAGGUUUGGUUUAUUAUAAAGAGAUGUGAAAGCAAACAGAAUACUACCGAUGACAUGGACUGUGAACACCUUUACUGUAGAGACAUCCAAGGGAAACAGAAGGAAUUGCAUCAACACCACAGAGCCCAGUACCUUCGGAUAGCAGGGCCUUAAAGGAGAUUCGGUUCUGGUUCUUUGUGUCACAUCUCCUUUCCCGCAUCUCGAGAACAGACCCCAGGAGGACAACAGAACCCCACUGUUCCCGGCGUGGAGACAUGGACACGAUGUCGUGCGACAAGGUCGCCGCGUUCCUGUGGAGCCUCUCCCGCAGGAAGCCCCUGGCCCCCGAAGGCGAGGCGUCCAACCUCCGGCGCUGCCUGACCACCAUCGACCUGGUGGCGCUGGGGGUGGGCAGCACCCUGGGGGCAGGGGUGUACGUUUUAUCUGGGGAGGUGGCCAGGGGCGUGUCCGGGCCCAGCAUCAUCAUCUCCUUCUUCAUCGCCGCGCUGGCCUCUGUCUUCGCGGGCCUGUGCUACGCGGAGUUCGGCUCCAGGGUCCCCAAGACGGGAUCCGCUUAUUUGUACAGCUAUGUGACAGUGGGCGAAGUGUGGGCUUUCAUCACGGGAUGGAAUUUAUUGCUCUCCUAUGUGAUAGGUACCUCGAGCGUGGCCCGAGCCUGGAGUGGCACGUUCGAUGACUUGAUUGGCAAUGUCAUUGCUAAUUUCUUUUACAAGUAUGCAGCCAUGGACCUGCCAGGCCUGGCCUCCUACCCAGACUUCUUUGCAGCCGGUCUCAUCAUGCUGCUGGCAGGUCUCCUUGCAUUUGGAGUGAAAGAGUCAACAACUGUUAAUAAGAUCUUCACGGGCAUUAACAUUUUAGUGCUACUGUUUGUAAUCAUUACUGGGUGCAUUAAAGGACGUCUUAAGAACUGGUACAUCAGUGAAGCAACUAUUCUGAAUGAGACUCUGCAGGCUGAAAACCUGUCUUCAGCUGUCAAUGUGACCAGUGAGUUUGGGGUUGGGGGAUUUUUCCCUUAUGGUUUUCAAGGAACACUAGCAGGUGCUGCUACUUGUUUCUAUGCUUUUGUUGGAUUUGACUGCAUUGCAACUACAGGAGAAGAAGUGAAGAAUCCCCAAAAGUCUAUUCCUCUGGGAAUUGUCUCCUCCCUGUUGAUCUGCUUCCUGGCCUAUUUUGGUGUCUCUGCUGCACUGACACUCAUGAUGCCUUACUAUCUUCUCAACAUCCACAGCCCUUUGCCUGUGGCCUUCAUGUAUGUGGGCUGGAGUGCUGCCAAAUAUGUAGUGGCUGUGGGCUCCCUUUGCGCCCUUUCCACCAGUCUUCUGGGCUCCAUGUUUCCCAUGCCCAGGGUCAUUUUUGCAAUGGCAAGGGAUGGACUACUUUUCCGAGUCCUGAGCAGAGUUAGCUCACGCCAGAGCCCCGUUGUGGCUACACUCUCUUCUGGAACUGUAGCAGCUAUCAUGGCCCUCUUAUUUGACCUGAAGGCGCUGGUAGACAUGAUGUCCAUUGGAACUCUAUUUGCUUAUACCCUCGUGGCUAUCUGCAUCCUUAUACUUCGGUACCAACCAGAUUCUUGUGAAGAUGAUUCCAGUGACCUCCAUAAACCACAGGGAGGUUCUAAGUUUGCUUUCUUAUGUCCUCCUUCAUAUGCAACAUCACGGACCUCGAACACCGUAUCAGCUUGCACAACAUUUAUAGUUCUCAUGGUGAUUCUACUGAGCGUGAUUAUGUCAAAAGCAAUAAAGCCCUUGCUACUCAAAGAAGUUUGGAGUCUCGUUUGUGUUGCCGUGAUUCUUCUGAUAAUUGCCAUUGCUGUCAUAAUCAUUUGGAGACAACCCCAGAGUAAAAUCAAAGCCUCUUUCAUGGUUCCUUUCCUGCCACUGCUUCCAGUCGUUAGUGUGUUUGUGAACAUUUACCUCAUGGUUCAGCUAGGACCAGCCACUUGGAUACGCUAUGCUGUCUGGAUGGCAGUGGGUUUCAUCAUCUACUUCUGUUAUGGUGUCCGUCACAGUGUGCAGAGGAAACGCCUCCUCAGUGCCAAACAACGAGUUGACAUUCACACUAUUGAUGCCAACUCGGAAGGCCAUGGAGUGAAAGGAGAGGGCUCUUGAGUCGAACUGAUUGAUGGAAAAUCGGGACACAAAAACCAGUGAUGCAAACGAAGAUGCAUCUGCAGAAUCUUCCCACUUUCAAAGAUAUUUCUAAAGCCUCCCACAGGAAAAACACUGAAUGGCACAGCAUGCACAGCUAAAGGAAACUGCAGUAUACUGUAAAUGAAGCAAAGUGAACAUUUGUAACCCAUGCUGUGCAUUCUGGUAUUUCUACUAGCAUAAAAAACAGGAUUUUACACAGCAUCAGGAGGGUUUUGAAGUUCAUAUUCAGAGAAAACAUAUAAUACAAAAAUAUAAUUCAAGUAGGCAGUAAAAGCAAAUAAUCAAACAGAGAAACGUAUGGAGUGUAAAACAUAUGAAAGGAUAAAGAGUCUAAGGUACACUUUAAAGAUAGAAAGCACUUAUUUUAUAUUGUAUAAUGUUUAUGUAUGCUAAAAGCUGGAAAGCUCAAACACUAGACAUAAGCUUUCUUUUAAACAUUUUCUUAAAAAAACAUCUAAAAUGGAUAUUUAGACCAAAGAACAAUGAUGGACAAAGUUAGGAAAGAUGAGCUACAAUAGCAAGUUGUUUGACUAUACUAAAUGAAGACAAUUACUAAAGAAGUUAAGAUUCAGUGGACAUACGUUCAGGGCAUGUUUUCUUAAAACAACAAAUCUCACCAAGUUCUUAAUGCUUCACAUAUUUCACUCAGUGAGGAAAAUGUAUUGCACUAGAUAUGUUUUCACUUUAUGUUUGAGCCGUGUACACAGAGCAGACACAAAGCACUGGGGAAAAAGGCAGACAUUUUAGAUAUCCGACUCAGUCAAAACUGUUUAACUGAUGGUGAACAAAAACAUUAUUACAGACAAAACAUGCAUCCUAAAUGUAUGCAUGGAUGUAAUACAUUGUUAAAAAAUCUAAAAAAAAUAUUUCAUCACCUGACUAGCAAGCAAAUGGCUGUAUUUUGGAGGUCUAACUUCUCUAAUUUAAAACAGUUCACGCGCUAUAUUAGCAGGAAAUGUAUCAUCUUAAGUAAACUAAUCUCUCAAUAAAAUGAACUUGGUCUGUUUUUUCCACACUGCAACCCCCACCAGGAAAAGCGGAGUGAAAACGGGUGGAUGGAUGUUUUGUCCACUGUAGAAAGUCAUAGCUGUUUUAAGUCAAUAUUGCAGGUUUUUUUUUUUCAUUCCCCGGUUUUUGAGUAAAUUCUGGAAAGGCUGGUUCUACAGACUUCCAAAUGCCAUAAAUGAGGAUUCCAGUUUUCAUGAUUUAAGUAAAGUUUAUGGAAUGAAGUCACAGAAACUAAAACAACUGUCAUUUAGAGGCUGUAUCUUUGAUCAGUAUAUACACUGUACAUGGUUUUGCUAUGAGGUGUUUUAAAAAGUCAGCUUUGUCCACAGCAUGCCUGAUACAGCCAGACCCUAGUUUGGACUGAAUAACUUCAUAACUAUAAGUUCUGGGGAACAAUGUUCCCAUUCAUGUGUGCUUACCUCCUCUAAAUUAAUCAGAGCUCAGCCAUUUAAUCUGAAGGAAUUUUGGCCCAUAGUACAAGAAAUACAUCUGUCUGAAGCAGCAAUUCAGUCAUCUACCAGAGGCUCUAUAAUUGUACUGUAUAUUAACAUCACUGGGGGGGUCAUCACUACAGAGAAAUUCCAGGUGGCAUAACAUGAUUUAAGUGCACUAUUAAAUUAGACUGUUUACACAAUCUGAUUCUGAACUAUAGAUAAACUAGGAGGGCUGACUCCUGAGCACAAAAAAGGAUAUCUGUAGCGUGAGCACAGUACAAUGAUAAGACUGCUGGCAGCCCAUUUGAACACAGUUAAAAUAAGCACACAAAGUAAAGCAAAGGUUAUUCCAUAUGCUUCAGAAAUAAUCUUUAAACUUCUGAUUUACCAUCACAUUUGAAGAAUACAGGUCUUGGUGUUUAUUUCAAAGGAGAAUGUUCAAAGGGACAUACUGUACCAUGGGUACUGUAUUCAGCAAGCGUAGUGUGCAAGUAUAAGUGAAGAUGUGUGGCACUACAACAGUGACAAUGAAUUUUCCACACUAUGUACUGCUGAACUAAAUGUGAGAUACAAGAGAAAUGUCCACAAAAUAUUCUUUUUGGUCUAUGGGGCAUUAGAAUUCAUAACCUUAUAGGAGGGAAAUCAAUAAUGAAUGAAUUUAGUACAUUUCCAAUUAAAUCAAAACAUACCUUUGUCGUCUGAAAUAAUGUUGUAAGCCAAGGAUAACUGAACUGACAUAGCAGAAAGCAGGAAUUUAUCCUUGGAAAAAAUGUUUAAAGAACUUCCUAUAUUAGAGACAAUAUGCAUACUAUGUUUCCAGGCUAGGUAGGCUCCUCUCUGUGCUUCUGAUGUUGGGCAGGCUUGCC